CUACACUUGCGGUUUAGAAGGGCUUUCGAGUUUUUAGCAAAAGGGAGCAUCCCCACAAGCUCUCUCUCUCUAGGACUCAGAUAAAAACGAGAAGGGUGCGAGAUUAGGUGCGCUGCAUUUUUCAGAUCUCUCGCCCCCACCUCGUGGCCUGUUGGGUGCCCCCUCCCCCUCUUCUCCAUAAAAAGCACCGUUGCUCAUCGCUCUCUCAUUCCUGCAAAACCUCAACUCAUGAUGAAGCUUCUUUCUCUCUCCUUCGCUGCUCUCUCUCUCUUAUUCAGCUUCCAUGCUCUGGCCUUCGAAGAUGGUCUGCUAGAAAAUGGCAACUUCGAGUUGGGUCCGAAGCCCUCAUCCAUGAACGGCACGGUGGUGCGAGACCACUACGCGAUCCCCGGGUGGGAGAUUGGCGGGUUCGUGGAAUACAUAACAGCAGGUCACAAGCAGGGUGAUAUGCUGCUGGUGGUGCCCGAGGGGGCAUGUGCGGUGAGGCUGGGAAAUGAGGCUUACAUACGACAGAGUGUUGCAGUCGCCACUGGCAUGUACUAUGCCAUCACUUUCAGUGCUGCUCGCACCUGUGCGCAAGAGGAGCGCAUAAACAUCACCGUUCCUCCCGAGACAGAUGUAUUCCCUGUUCAGACUCUGUACAGCAGCAGUGGUUGGGACUCAUAUUCAUGGGCCUUCAAAGCUACAUCUGCAGUAGCUCACAUCUUCAUUCACAACCCUGGUGUGGAGGAAGACGCCGCCUGCGGACCCCUCAUUGAUUCGGUGGCCAUCAAGGCGCUCUACCCACCUAGAGCCACCAAUAAAAAUUUACUGAAGAAUGGAAAUUUCGAAGAAGGGCCCUACAUCUUCCCUAACGCAUCAUGGGGAGUUCUAGUCCCCCCCAACAUCGAAGACGAAAACUCCCCGUUGCCGGGAUGGAUGGUUGAGUCCCUAAAGGCUGUCAAAUACAUAGAUUCUAAUCAUUUUUCAGUGCCAGAGGGUAAACGUGCAGUUGAGUUGGUUGCAGGCAAAGAGAGUGCCAUUGCACAAGUAGCUCGUACAAUUCCUGGGAAAUUGUACGCCCUCACGUUUGCAGUAGGAGAUGCAAGCAAUGCAUGCACCGGAUCAAUGGUGGUUGAGGCCUUCGCAGGACGGGACACUCUCAAGGUUCCUUAUGAGUCUAAGGGCACUGGAGGCUUCAAACGUGCAGUCCUUCGAUUCACUGCUGUGUCAGAGCGUACACGUGUGGUUUUCUUGAGCACCUUCUAUAGCAUGAGGAGCGACGAUUUCAGCUCUCUGUGUGGCCCUGUCAUUGAUGAUGUCAAACUUCUAAGUGUGCACGGCGCUCCUCGUGCUAAAAUUGUUGUUUAGUAGUGAAUGGGGCAAGGUAUCGGUCGUUAGGGGGGCGGAUGCUUCCACAUGAUGUCCCUCCAUUCCCACCAUUAACAUCUCUCAAAAAAAAAAAAAAAAAAAAAAAAAAACAAAAGAAGAAGUAUUUUUGAAGGCUUAUAUCAUGUGGUGGGAAAGAGGAGACUUCUAAUGUGGGAGAACUGUUAUAGUUGUUUGGAUAUGUAUAUGUUUGUCUACACUUAAUCAUAGAGCUUGUAAUACAAGAGCUUGGUACUGUUGUUAUUAGUAUUAAUGUUACCGAGCCUCCUAUACGAGCACAAGAAUAAAAGAAAGUCAAUUUUAUAUGCCAA